GAAAAAAAAAAUUGUAUGGGCUUUUAUUUAGUGGCCCAUCGAACCCACGCACCGCCGGCACGCUCUAUCUUCCUCGCAGCCCCGCUCAGGCUCGGUCCUCAGCGCAGCUCCAGUCUCGGCGGUCCCAGGAUCGGAUCUUCCGCGCGUCGUCCAGCGGAAGAUCCCAGUCUCGGCGGCGGCCCCUCGACGGCGUCCAGCGACGGAGAGGCAGUCCCAGUCUCGGCGGCGGCGUCGGCGGCUCCCCCUCCCGCCUCUCGCCAGUCGCCUCGCGCCUUCGCCUCCGUCCUCCGCGCACCGGCCGGCGACCCUGGGCUAAAAAUGGCAGGAAGGCACCGUCAAUCCCGCCAAUACCAUGAUGAUCCUCGAGGAUAUCGUGAUGCUCCACCUCCACUUGCACGAACAAGGCCUCUCUCUCCGCGUCGCUUGGCGGAGGAAUUGUCUAGUCGCCGUGCCGAGAUGCGCAGAAUCCAUGAAGACAAUCAGCGUCUGGCAGAUGAAAUUGUUAGUCUCAGGCAAACCAAGCCGCGUUUGGAAGAAGACCUCCAAGUCUCAAGUCAGGCUGUUCCGAAGCUCCGGGCAGAGAAAGAGCUUGAAUCGAGGGAGCUGACUCAGAGGAAUCUGAAGCUGGAAGCUGAACUGCGUGCCUUAGAACCCCUUAGGCAAGAUUCUAUGCAUCUGCGAUCUGAAGCAAGUAAACUACAGUCUUUGAGGCAAGAAUUGGCUGCAAAGGUUCAAGGUCUAUUGAAAGAGCUUGAACAUCAGAAAUCUGAAAGCCAGAAAAUGACUGCUAUGGUAGCUGAACGUGAUGCUCUCUAUCAAGAAUUGCUCCAGGCUAGGGCGAACCUUGAGUUCGAGAAGAAGGCAAAGCCAGAGCUAACUGCACAGGUUCAGGCAAUGGAGAAGGAUCUUGUAGCUAUGGCUCAGGAGGCUGAGAAGCUGAGGGCUGACAUUGCGAAGAGAAACACACCUAGCAGUUUCAGCACCCGUGGAACUUAUGGAGCCUCUUUGUCAACUCCUGCGAUGGGUUUGCAAGGCAUGUAUGAUGGCAGCUAUCCUACGGUUGGGAGCCGCUAUGGCAGUGGCACUGGGGCUUGGAGCUCGCAUGAUCCCCAUGGUUACCCGCAUCUUUAAUUGUCCUGAUGACCAGUGUUCUCCCCUGAACAGCUCCCUGAGUACCUUGACUAAGUAUCUCGUAGUAUAAGUUGUGGUGCACCAUCGCUACCCUUUCUGGUCAAUACACAGGAAUAUACCUACUCUGGUUGUCUUGGUUCCUUCUUUUUUUUUUCUCUUACUAGAAAAAAAAAUCGUGACCACCCCUACUGCACACGCUGAUGCUGUGUGCUGGUAUGUUGUGCAUGCACUGGAGCAAUAGAUAUUUGGUCACUUGGUCAUUUU